GCGGCCGCUGCGCGCGCGCGUCUCCUCCAGCCCGGAGAACAAGCACAGCGCCCGCGCAGCUGCGCCGGCCGGGGCAAAGCGCGCGCCCCGGGGCGCCACGCCGAGGGGAACCGGGCCGCUCAGUACGAGGAAUAAAGGUUUGGGCAAGUCAGAAAUCAUGGCUUCUGAUGCUAGUCAUAUGCUUGAAGCAGCCCUAGAGCAGAUGGAUGAUAUCAUUGCAGGUACUAAGGCAGCCACAGAGUAUGCAAAUGGCAUAUAUGACAUUGUGUCACCUGCUCCAUCAGUAUAUUUGGGCACAUUCCAAAUUUUGCAUCUGCUAGAAGACCUGAAGAUGGCACUAGAAAUGCUAGAGGAUCCUCAAGAGAGAGAAGCAUUACGGAAUCAGAUCCCCGGGGAUACAGCAAGAUGUAUACGGGAGUGGCUGGAGGAAAACCUGUCUCAGGUGAAUCAUCUUUCUUCUGCUAACAAUGAAACCUAUCAAGAACGACUGGCACGAUUAGAGGGUGAUAAAGAGUCCCUCGUCUUGCAGGUGAGUGUCCUCACGGAUCAGGUGGAGGCCCAAGGAGAGAAAAUCCGGGACCUAGAAGUCUGUCUUGAGGGGCAUCAGCUGAAACUUAAUGCUACUGAAGAAAUGCUUCAACAGGAGCUGCUAAGUCGAACGUCACUAGAGACUCAGAAACUAGAUCUAAUGGCAGAAGUUUCCGACCUGAAGAUUAAGUUGGUUGGCAUGGAAAAGGAACAGAGUGAAUAUGAAGAGAAGCAGAACAAAGCUGAGUCAGUAGUGAACCUGAUCAGUGAGCUACAGGAGCAGAUGUGUAGACUACAGCUGGAAAUUAAUAGUAAAAUCCAGGAAAGAAAGUCUCAAGAUAGGAAACCUGAACUGACAGCUAAUGGUCCUCAGGCCAGCACAAGAUCAGUGGUAGAGAGCCUCACCCAGAAGAAUUGCUCUCGGUGUGAUGGUUUGCUUCAGGAACUCAAACAUCUCAAAAUUAAAGUGGAAGAGCUGGAAAAUGAAAGAACCCAAUAUGAAUGGAAAUUAAAAGCAACCAAAGCUGAAAUAGCCCAGCUCCAGGAGCAGUUAGCUCUCAAAGAUGCAGAAAUUGAACGUUUACAGAGUCAGCUCUCCAGGACCUUGGUACAUAAUGAAAUUGCAGAAAGAGAGGAACUAUAUAGGAGAAGGCUAAAAGAAAAACAUCAAGAAGUUCAACGACUGAAGAUAGGAAUGGAAUCGUUGUUAGCUGCAAAUGAAGAAAAGGACCGUCGAAUAGAGGAGUUAACAGUGCUGCUAAGCCAGUACAGAAGGGUGAAGGAGAUAAUGUUAGCAGCUCAUGGCUCUUCAGAGAGAAUUCUGUCUGGUAGCAGUGAAGAGGAAUUUGAGGCAAGUUUGAAGAAGUGGAAUCUCAUGAAUAAGCCCCAAGCAGAAUUACUCAAACCCGAGGUACUUCCAGGAGAAUUGUCACCAAUUAUGGAGUCUUUACUGCCACAAAAAACUCUGGAAAUCAGUGGAAGCAGUCCAGUUCCUUCAAAUAACUUUAUUUCUCCACAUGAGGAAUCUUUGGAAACUAAAAGUAGGGUUCCACAGAAAAAAAUGUCAAGUAGUCUAGAGGACUUGCAGAGUGAAUCCCUGGAAAAGCAUGUAGACGGGAAACCAGUAGAACCUGUUGUAGAACAAGAGAAUAAACCAUAUGUGAAGAGUAACAAAUAUCAGACCUUGCCAGGGAAGCUUCUUCGACCCACACACAACGGAGAUCACGGAACAUACAAUACUCCCACUUCCCUAAAUGUAUUUGGAAUGAAUGACAAUGAGGACAACAGUGUACUGAGCCUGAGAAUGACUGAAGAUCGCAUCAGGAGUAUUAGUGCACCAAUAUUAGGAGAGACAGAGAAUAUGGAUGGUACAAUAACUUCAGAUGAACUUUCACCCCUUUCUUCUGGAACAGAAUCGGGUCCACAGUCUCCAGAAAAUAAAAAGAGCCCAAAAGGCAUCAGGAAAAUCUGGGGAAAAAUAAGAAGAACUCAGUCAGGUAAUUUCCAUGCAGACGAUCUAGGUUUAGCUGAAUUUCGAAGAGGUGGUCUCCGUGCAACAGCUGGACCUCGAUUAUCUAGAUCAAAGGAAACUAAGGGGCAGAAGAGUGACUACAAUGCCCCCUUUGCUCAGUGGAGCACUGAAAGAGUUUGUAACUGGCUUGAGGACUUUGGUCUUGGUCAGUACGUCAUUUUUGCACGGCAGUGGGUGACUUCUGGCCACACGUUAUUAACAGCAACACCUCAGGACAUGGAAAAGGAACUAGGAAUAAAACAUCCUCUGCACAGGAAGAAAUUAGUCUUGGCCGUUAAAUCAAUAAAUACAAAACAGGAUGAUAAGUCUGCACAACUAGAUCAUAUCUGGGUGACACGAUGGCUUGAUGAUAUUGGCUUACCUCAGUACAAAGAUCAGUUUCAUGAAUCCAGAGUUGAUGGGAGAAUGUUGCAGUACUUAACUGUGAUUCUUGAACCUCGCUUUAACGGUGACACACUGGCAAUGCUUCUUAACAUUCCACCUCAAAAGACCCUCCUGAGACGCCACCUGACCACUAACUUUAAUGUGUUAAUUGGGCCAGAAGCACAACAAGAAAAAAGAGAAAUAAUGGAAUCUACAGCUUACACACCUCUGACCACCACUGCUAAAGUUCGGCCAAAGAAACUUGGAUUUUCACAUUUUGGAAACCUACGGAAAAAGAAAUUUGAUGAAUCUACAGAUUACAUUUGUCCUAUGGACACAAGUCCAGGUGCAACUAAUGGUACUCAGAAGAGCUAUGGUGGAUACAAAGGACUUAAUCAACUCACUGAUAGGGAAUUGGACAAACUGGAUCAGAUGGAACAUUCAGAAGGAACAGUAAUGCAAAUAGGGGUGCUCUCUCAAGGCAUAAGCAACCUCACGGAUAUGCUAAGCCAAGAUGAAAUGCUGAAUGACAGCAGAUUUUUAACACCUACCUUUGAAGACUGGAGAUGAUGAACAUGACCAAGAACAUUGCUAUACCUCACAUGUAUCCAGAGAGCUGGCUGAUGAAAGCUGGGUGCUAUAUGCAGAAAAUAGCUUAGGCGUUUCUGCCACUGAGAAGUGUAAAAUAUAUAUGAGGUUUAUGCAGCAACACCUUACACAUAAAAAUACCCCUGUGCUCUGUGUUAGGUAUUUUUACAUGGGCAUUAAGAAAAGCUAUGCAAAAUUAUUCCUCAUCAUCCAGAGAGGGUAAAUUGGAAAAUGAUUAAGACUAGUAAAAGAUUUCUUUACAGAUUUAGGAUGACUUUGUACAGUGGAUUUAUGCACUGUUACCUGCUAAAUUAUCUGUUUUAUAAUUUUGUACUUUUAUAAUUAACUUGCAAUGUAGCGAUAACAUAAGUAGAAUAUGCCUCUGUCACAGAAUAAGGGUCCUCUUCAUAUUAAAUGAUAGUGACGAGGAUGAUACUUUGACAAUUCCAGUGACUUUUUAUCAUGCCAUAUGAUUCAUGGUGCAGCAGAUGCUAUCUUGGGAUCUGACAGACACUGGUGCAGACAGUUGUUCAGUGAACCAUUGCUGAAAAAGCUGGUCUGAUUUAGAGAUAGAAUUGGCUUUAGGAUUUUGAGACUCCCUAAAAAGAGGAAGAGACUUCAUCCCUCAUUCUUUCUUCCUUCCUCUGCACGUCUCCUUGUCUCUGCUUUCUCUAUCCUGAUUAUAUCAUUGGGAUGAAGAGAAAGGACAGAUCACCUUUCCCCCUUCUUGAAGCCCUAGCAGGUGGGUGUGUUCUUAGACAGGCCAACAGAGAGCAUGCAGAUCCUUACUAUGCUCUCUCUGCAAUGAGAAAUUUGCUCACAGCAGGAAAUCCCACAAUCCCAUCUUCAGUUUGAGACUGCAAAGGAAACAGAGACCUAAAAGUUGGCUUUUCUUAGAAAAUGACUAACACAUGACUUCAAACAAGCACUUUGUGUGUUAGUGGUUGUGGAACAGGCAGAAAAUUCAUUUAACUUAAAAUGCACAUUUAAAAUACCAAAAUAGUGCAUACCACCCUCGCUACAGAUACCUCAAGGUGAGUGCAAUAGAACUUUUAGCCCAGUACAUGGUUUGCCUUAUGACUGAUGAAAGUUCCUUGUACAACUGGAGUAAGCGCCGCUGAAUUUUGAGUCAAAAUGACUAGAGCUAUAAAGCACAGUUUAACAUGUAGUGUGAAACUUAGCACAGAUGGUUAGAAAACCAUGAGGAAGUGAUAAACUCCAACCCCUUUGCUCUAAGACUUUGCUUCCUGAAUUGCAUUCAGCAUACUAUAAGCAAUGUAAAUAUAUAUAUAGAUUCCACAUACUGGCAUGACUGAGAUGUGGUUAGAAACAAGUUGUAAUAUUUGCAUGUGAAAAUUUUCUUUUUUAAAAAAAAGACAGUUACUGCAGUUACACUUUUCCCUUAACUGUUCGCUCUUCAUUCCAGCCUCCUAUAUGUGCUUAUGUAGAGCACUAUCCUAAUGUAACUGUAGCAAACAACUCUAGCCAGUGUGACAUUCAAAGGGUCGCUAGUUAGGAAAUGCUAGGUAGUGCUGCUGCCAUUACCUGGUGUUAGUAUAGCUUAUUGCUGAGUAUAGAUUGGCCACAUCAGCUCUGCAGCUCCACAGAUUUUAGUGGCAUCGUGCUAGCAUAGCUGACAGAGAAACUUGAGCUACAUAUCUCAGGAUGUGUUGCAAUGAAUCCAGAAGUGUUCUGCUCCAAAGGAAAUUAAAUGAUGAAAUAUAACGAGAGAUUGACUCUCCCUUGCAUAUGGAUCUAAGGAAGGGCAAAUUAUGAAUGUUUUAUCAUCUCCAAUAGGACAUAAACGUAGUGGUGCAGUUCAUUUCUGGAGACCUGAUUAUCAUCCAGGUAUAGAAUCACAAAAAUAUAGGACUGGAAAGACACUUGAGAGGUCAUCUAGUCCAGUCCACUGUACUGGGGCAGGACUAAAUACCAUCCCUCACAGGUGUUUGUCAUUGGAGGUUUUUAAGAACAGCUUAGACAGAUUCCACAACUUCCCCAGAUACUUUGUUCCUAUUCUUACACAACCUUACAGUUAGGAAGUUUCUCAUGUCUAACCUAAAUCUCCUUUGUUUCAGUUAAGCCCAUUGCUUCUUGACGUGUCCUCAGUGGUUAAGGAGAACAAUUUAACAACUUUUUAUGUAUUUGAAGACUUAUGUUCCUCAUCAGUCUUCUCCUGGUUUUUUUCAAUCUUUCCUCUUAGGUCAUGUUUCCUAGACCUUUAAUUGCUUUUGUUACUCUCCUCUGGACUUUCUCCAAUCUUUCCUGGAGUGUAGUACCCUGUAUCCAGAACUGGACACAAUACUCCAGUGCUAAGUAGAGAAGAAGGAAUCUCCUGUCUUGCUUAUGAGACUCCAGCUAAUACAUCCCAGAAUCGUUUGCUUUUUUGAAACAGUAUUAUAUUGUUGACCCACAGCUAGUGAUCCACUAUAAACCCCCAGAUCCUUUUCUGCAGCAGUCCUUUGUAGCAAGUCCUUUUCCAUUUUGUUUUUGUGCAACUGAUUAUUCCUGCCUAAGAGUAGUACUUUGCACUUAUUACAUUUCAUCUUAUUUCAAACCAUUUCUUCAGGUUGUCAAUAUCCUUUUGAAUUCUAAUCCUGUUCUCCAAACCUCAACCCCUCCCAUCUUGGUAUGGUCUCCUCAAACUGGAAGUUAUACCUACCAGCUCCAGUGCAGACAUACCAAACCAGUGAGGGCUGCCCCUGGAGCUGGAGGUACCUGGCAGUCCUGCUUGCUGCACGUAAAAGCUAGAUGUUAUGCCUGCAAGGCCUCCUUCCAUGUAAUGCUGCCUAACAACCCUUCUACCUUAAGGUUGCUCUUCAGCUGUCAGCCAGAUAGACUGACAGGGCUGUAUGGGCCUCAACAGGGGUCCCCCAGGAGUGGGGCUACAAUGUUGACUCCCCACAUACACAUUCACUACCACGGUACCAGCAGGAUAUUUUGUACUGGGCAAUUCCAAAAACAAUCUUGACUAGGUGUUGAAACAGAGAUUUUAUUUUGGAAUAUAUAUAUAAUGGGCUUGAAUUAAACACUGUCUGAGGGUGGGUUACUGGUUAUAUCUCAUCCCUUGUGGUUGCAAUGAGGUUUUAUUUUGUGUGUUAUGAUGCUAGACCAUGUUUGGAAAUAUUUCUCAAGGGUAUGUCAAUGCCAGACAUGCCUCUUUCAAAAGAGCUUAAAGUCUGGCUGUUUUCACUUAAGUGCUAUUCAGAAUGAGUAAGGGGUGGCCCUUAUUCAAUAGGACUAGUUAAAGAGCAAGAUAUUACUCAGAGUAAAGAUGGCCUAAUCUAGCCCUUACUGUACAAGCUUCAGAGUGUGACCCAAGUGGGGAAGUGAGACUUGAACUGUGGUCAUAGAACUGACUUCGCCUAAAGACUAGUUAACAAGUUUGUGUAUAAAUCUCUAUGAUGCUAGAAAUUAACAGCUAAUUUCCACUAUGUCCAUUGUGCAAAAUGAGCUUUAAUGUAUGGAGACAGCAGAACUGUUUGAUAAGUGAAUAGGACUUUUGAAAAUCCCAACCUCUAACAGAGAUCAGAGUUAGAUUUUUAAGUAACACUUUUGAUAAUUCUCCCUGUUUGUUUGAAUACAGGGUUAUUUUAGUGUACUCUGUGCACCUUAGAUUAAUCUGCCAGUGAAUGUGUAAUUAAAUUUAUUUGUUUUGUAUGAAUGUUGACUCAGUGUACACUGACAGAGCAGAGAAGGGUAGUUUUGCACCCUGAGAUGUUUCAAGCAGGCCAUACUGUAAGUAUUAUUAUUUUUAAAAAUCCAGUUCCAGUGUGUUGGUUUGUGGACUUAAGUGUUCUGUUAACUUAUAUUUGAAUACUAGAGUAUCUUAUUUGAUAUACAAACGCUGACCUUUGGGGCAUCAGACUGUAAUGAAUAAAUGCAGUAUGUUUGUCUAUAUUCCAGGUUGACUCUGUGUAAUACAUUUUAGAUAUGCCUGGGCAGCUGGUCUUUGGGGAAUUUUAAAGUUUAUUCAUUCACCCCCAUUUGCUCUUCAACAGUUAAUGAGAGUACCCUGUCUUGAAGUACAGGGUACUUGUACCAUGCCCAGAGUACUGGGUAGGGAUUUUAUAUAAAAUACAUCUCCACCCAGAGAGGCAAUGUGGCUAGAAUACUGAUGAAGUCAGAAUACCUGGGUUCUAUUCCCAUUUCUGCCAGUGACUUGCUGAAUGCUUGGGUAUUUCUAUUAACCUCUGAGUGUUUGUUUCUAUUCUGUUGUAUCUAUUCAAUGAGCAUACUCACUUUGAGAAAAAGUCUAUGGCUGGAAAAAUGCUCCAUAACAGCUAAGCGUCAUACAUAAGUGUAAAAAUCUAUUUAGUCAAUUCUUUUGCAUUUCAUAAAGGUUAUAAAUUUCACCCUCAAAA